GCAGCCAUCUUGUACUUUUCCUGCGGCCAGAGAGGAAGGAAGAAAAGCAAGGAUAAAACAGCCGUGCUGCUAUUCACUAUAGUAAUGUCCUGGUAAGUAAAAAGGACCUAACAAGAAAGGCAAGUGUGCAGCGUAUCAGCAGCGGAGGGUAGAAAGAGACACAGCAGCUUUCGCCACAGUGCCUCACAAUUACAAACGAGGGGGAAAAAAUCAUCUCUAGGAGUGAAAAGAGGAAGGAAGAGUGUCCGUCAGAUUUCCACCUAAAAAAAAAGAAAAAGAAAAACACGCCGGCCUUCGCCCACCAUGAAUCCUGAAUAUGACUACCUGUUCAAACUGCUCCUCAUUGGUGACUCUGGAGUGGGCAAGUCAUGUCUCCUGUUGAGAUUUGCAGAUGACACGUACACAGAGAGCUACAUCAGCACCAUCGGAGUGGACUUCAAGAUCCGCACCAUUGAACUGGAUGGCAAAACUAUUAAGCUUCAGAUUUGGGAUACCGCUGGACAGGAAAGGUUUCGCACCAUCACAUCCAGUUACUACAGAGGAGCCCAUGGCAUCAUUGUGGUGUAUGAUGUCACUGAUCAGGAAUCUUACAACAAUGUAAAGCAGUGGCUGCAGGAGAUUGAUCGUUACGCCAGUGAGAAUGUCAACAAGCUGCUGGUUGGGAACAAGUGUGACCUCACCACCAAGAAAGUAGUGGACUACACAACAGCCAAAGAAUUUGCUGACUCUCUUGCCAUCCCUUUUCUUGAAACAAGUGCUAAGAAUGCCACUAAUGUGGAGCAGGCCUUCAUGACCAUGGCUGCUGAGAUCAAGAAACGCAUGGGACCGGGAGCUACGGCUGGAGGAGACAAGCCCAACCUGAAGAUAGAGAGCACUCCAGUUCGACAGUCUGGUGGUGGCUGCUGUUGAAGAGCCUCUCUUUCUCUUGCGCGACACACACACACACACACACACACACACACACAUACACACAAAAAUCAUGCCCUCUCUGCCCUUACAUAUGUACACACAGACACACACCUGCAUACGUCUAGGAGCAUAAGAACAGAUGAUGUUCUAACAUUCUCAUGGGAGUAACCACUGCGUUUGAAGCCAGAGCUUGAGGUUUAUCUUUCUCUUGGCUUCCUUGCAAGAAGUUUUGUAGCUUCCUCAAUGAGAUCCUGGUCCUCUCCUUGGUUUUAUACUCCUAGAGCCAGAUCCUGUCUCUCUCUCUCUCUCUCUCUCUCUCUCUCUCUCUCUCUCUCUCUCUCUCUCUCUCUUUCUCUCUCUCUCUCUCUCUCUCUCUCUCUCUACCUUUGUCUUUUCAAACCUCUUCUUCUACUUUAGUCUCACCUGCAUUCAAUUUCCACCUAUAACCCCAUCCCUCUACAGGCACAGUGAUUUCUGGGUCCCUAGAAAGUUACCUGCCCUAUGACCGACAGGUGCAACUUCAGAACAGAUAAGUAAUUGGCUUUCGGAGGACACCCUAUUUAUUAUAUGCAGAGCUGAGAGAUGCAAGUGAGGAGGGAAAGUUAUGUAAUCAUGUUUGUCAUGAAGUCUCUCUCCAUUUUUGCAUACACAGAUCCAACACACAAACCCCUCGUGCACUUGUGGAAGUUUCUUUGUUUGUUGAGUGUAUAAAGAAUGAAAACAAAAAAUAAUUUGGCAAUAUUAUAUUUCAUAUUCUGAUCUUACUAGGAUUAUUAUUAAUUUUAAGACUUAUCGUAGGUUUUUUUUUUUUCCUAAUCAUAAUUAUUGUACAAAGGCUUACUGCUGUCGAAUGAAGGUGUUUGGUGGGGAGGGGGUGGAAAACUUGAUGUCGGGGUUUAGGCUGGAUGACUAAAGCUACUGUUCCCUGUUACCUCAUUUAGCUCCUCCCCUGUCAUUUGUUUUCAGUGUAUUUAGGAGCAGGACACAAAAAAAAACGUUAAAUUAAAACUGGAACUGAAAAUCUUAGUGGUGAAACAAUUUUCUCUUCUGUAUUUUAAGUGAUCGUCAGUUUUCCAUCGUCACUGGACACUUCGUCACUGGACACUUCGUCACAGGUGCAGUAAGGCUGCGGUAUGAGUCAAAUUCAUGCAAGUGUAUUUGCAGAGUAGUUUUUGGAUUGCGAGUUUUUUCAUUUUUUUUCCUGGUGUGAUGGGAUGGCUUUCACAUAUUCCACUCUGUGUAACCAUUCUAUCUUUUGUCAAAGUAACCUUGUAGGCUUUUUGCUUUCAUUUUGUCCGCGAUGUCUUAGGUUUGACGUGUGCUUUGACAUCUUAGCAUUUCAAAGAGUUGGUCUUCUAUACAAUCUGUAAAGGCAUUGCGCAUGGUCCACUGUACCAGCUCUGUGUUUGACGCAACCCUCAUCAUCCCUCCAGAAGUGUGUGGUUUAGAAAUGUCUUAAAAGUACAUAAGUGUCAACAUGCAUGUAGUGGGAUUUAAUUUGAAGUAUCCCUGAAGGUGUGUUGAAUCAGUCGGAUAUUUGUACUGUGUGUCUCUUAUCAAGAAGGAGGAUGUUGGGACUGACUGGUCUUGGCAUAGAGAUCGGAUAUGACCUCCCAUAUCCUCCAGAAAGCAAAGUGCAACACUCAUGUUUAAGUCCCUUCUUGCAUUAGGCCUGAGAUGAACCUUAAAGUAAUCGAGAGGACUUUAUUUGGUCCAGAUCAGUACAAAAAUCCUGUUUUGACAAAAUUGACAGGUCGUCAAAUUAAAGCCCCUCAACCCCAUUCACUGUGAUUUCAACUUCACACAAAACAACAUAAAAUCCCUUUACUGACAAUGAUAGAUUUAGCACCCAUGAGCCUCUGGUGGACAAAAUAUACAGAAUGUGGCUCUAAUGGGGGGAAAAAACCAACAACCAACCAAACAAAAAAUAUUCACUGUUUGUGUUGAUCUGUCUUAAUGCACCAGUGUCUUUCAUAUUGUUCUAUUAGAUUACUAAUAAACUGAGCCAUUUAAAGUAACUUUUAAUGCCACUUCAGCCAUUGCUAACCUCAGUGUAACAACAAUUUUUGGGAGAUUAAAGACCAUGUUUAGUGAGUGACGGGAUUGGUGGAAAGGGGGUGGAGGGAGCAGUAGCAAGUUGGUGGGGGGUGUACAGGAUGGGGUUGGGUUUACUGUAUUUAGGAACAUUCCUUCGAUUUCAAUUACAUGUAAUGUCUGCUAAAGAAUCUAUACGUCUCACUUCAGACCUGUACUCCAUCACACAUUAAAUCCGAGUGCACCGUUUCCUUCCGACAUUUUCAGAAUGUGUUUUGUUGUUUUUUUUUUCUCCCCCCACAAGGCUUGCUGUUCUACUGAUUUUAACCUAUGAAUUGAGCUAUUACAUUGUGAUGCUGUGUGUCUGAUUAAUGGAUGUGGACCUAUGGGCAAUAUUGUAGAGGGGUGGGGUGUUAUUAAAAGUGGGGAGGUCUACUUCUGAACGUGAUGGAAUUUUGCUGCGUGUUUUUUUUGUUUGGCUUUUACUUUUUAACAUUGUUUAUUGUUCUCUUUCUGUCAUUUGCACAUCACUAUGUUGCUUGGGGCGAGGCAUGAUGAAGGCACAGGCGACGGUUGUAGUGAGCACCAGGCCGGUAGUUCUUCCUCUCUCCCUCCGCUUGCUCACUCUGGUGCUCUCUUUCAUAGCUCAGUUUGAUCAUGUUUUUCUUCUUUCUGUACAUAUUAUUAUAAAUAUAUAUAAUAAAAAUGAUCAAUGUCUUAA